AUGGUUGAGGUGGGUGGCGUAACCCCAAUAAAGCAGAAUGGGAAUCUCAAUCCUCGAGUUGCGGAAAACGACUCCAUAUUAGAAGAAGACAUACAAGCGAUCAGACGAGACUACGUCAACGCAAUAAGCUUGCUUACCAAAUAUGCAGACAUUAUCGUAGUGAACGUCUCUUAUGCCAAUGUACCAGGCUAUCGGGACUUACAGCAAAUCGAGGUUCUAACAAAGAUACCUACUGAUGUUGUCCGUGUAGCUGCGUUAGUAGAUAGAAAGGUGAAGGUGAGAACAAUGGUAAAGGUCAGUCCGGACGAAGAUACGGAAGAGCAGAUCGCCAGCAUAUGCGCUGCAGUAUGGAGGUCCGGUGUGGAUGGAGUUGUCGUCGGGAACACAACUACUUCAAGACCCGACGGGCCAAACUUGUCGAAAAUCGAGGCCGCUGACAUGAAAGAGCGAGGCGGCUACUCUGGUCCGCAGCUUUUCUAUCGUACCGGUCAGAUAUUGACGCUGGAACAAAUUGCAGAAGCUUUGAUUGAUGGAGGCUUCGGUCCGGAAUCUGUUCUUGCAGAAUGGUCCUCAGGUCGCGGCGGGUACUGGAAGCUCUUCGACUCAUUCGAGGACGUUGGUCUGGAACAUCUUAUGCCUCCAAAAGCCAAUAGUUGGCUAUUCUUGACUGAUUGGAGCAACGUGGUAAAGAUAUCGAAAGCGGCUCUGGAUUGCCUUGGCGCAUCCGUUUCACCUACUCACGAUCCUGGAAGACUUGGGCGAGGACGACUAAGGAUGCUGUACAUAACGUGA